AUGCUCAGCUCUAUGGGAAUCAAUUGUCCAACUCUAUGCCAGUGCUGUAAUGCUGGGCAAGAGGAUAUUGAUCACAUCUUCUUCAUCUGCCCAAAUGCUGCCCAAUUUUGGAAUGCCAUCAGGUCCAAAUCUACAUCCCCUCCUCCUACAAACCCACUAAACAGCACCCACCUCUGGCAGACAGUAUGCCCAGCCACCAAAGGAGGAAAUUUUAAUGAACACCUGCACUGGGCAGUUCUCAUUCCCUUCUGCCUCUGGCACAUUUGGCUAACAAGGAACAACAAUGUGUUCAACAAUAAAAGAGAGCUUAUCAAUGCUAAGAACACUAUUGCCAAAGCCACUGAAUUCCAACUGCUCAAAGGGAGCAGUAACAAUACAUGUACACACCAAAUGAUGCUCAAAUGGGAACCCCCACCCAGGGGUUGCUUCAAACUAAAUACAGAUGGGGCAGUCAAAGGCAAAGUUGGAAUAGGUGGAAUAGGGGAGAUCUUCAGAAACCACAAUGGUGACUGGAUACUGGGUUACAUGGAAAACAUCCCUCAUACAUCCAUUCUAGAAGCUGAAUUUCGAGCACUCAUAAAAGGACUCCAGCUCGCAGAGCAAAACAACCUUCUACCACUACACAUAGACACAGAUUCUGCAGAAAUAAUUGGCAUGUUAACAGAAGGUAAUUUGAUAUUUGACCCUCUAAUUUAUGAAUGCAGGUUGUUGAUUCAAAGGAUGGACAGGGUGGUGGUAAGGCACGCGUUCAGGGAGCAAAAUAGAGUUGCUGAUGCACUGGCAAAGGAAGUAGUAAAAAAAACAUUUUGGAACAGAUCUGUAGUUUUGGCAGUUCCUCCGGUGUUUGUCAAUGAUAUAGUGUGGGCAGACACCCUAGGAACUGAAUUGCCUAGAUUAUUUUUGGGUUAUAAUAUUGAUACUAUACUGCACAAUAUUGCCGAACUAGGUACCCAACGGUACCCAAGUAGCUCUAGUGUAACAGCAAUAUCUUAG